AUAUUUCAAAGCGUAUCGUGAUGGCUGAUAUGUAUUACCGUCUUGUCACAUUUAUUGUCGAUGUCUGUCCACAGCCACUCAGAAAGUUAUUUCACAAAUAUGCAGAGGCAGAUUUCACUAAAGGACAACCAUUCACCAUCAAAGCUUACAUAGCGCUUCGCCGUCAAAAACUUUCCCAAAUAAAAUCACUGACUCGAGAUCAAAAGAAUCGGCUGUUCCAUGUAAGACCAAUAGAUAUUGAUGACUGGGAUUCUUCUCUUCUAGUAUUGUUGCUAACAGAAUUGUUUGAAUCUAAUACCAGACCAUUGCUAGGACAUUUGAAACUAAUCAAGGAACAUAGAAAUACCUUGCAACAUUUUCCAAGUACAGAAAAAAUAGAUUUCAAACAAUAUAAUGAUAUUUGGAAUGACCUUCGUGAUUCAACACUAGAAAUUGCGAAAAAUGCUGUUGGUGAAACAUAUAAGAAUGAAAUGAAAGAUGAAAUUGAAAAAACGUCGGUCAAUAAUAUGCCUAACUUGGGAGACGUGUUGCGUAAAUGGUAUAGUGACAAAAUUCUGUGCCUGGAAAGUGAUGUCAAAAUUUUACAAAAUGAAAUGUUGGAUGUAUCAGUUGGAACGGAGGAGGCAAACAAAAUUUUAAAAUCAACCUCCUGGGACAAACACACUCGAACGACAGGAGUAACUUCAAGGAGAUGGAAGAGUGUAAAUCCAAGGGUGAAACAUAUGCAAG